AUGCUGGUGAAGAAUGUAGUUUCUUGGACUGCUAUGAUACAUGGUUAUGCUAAAAUUGGAGAUUUAGAAGAAAGUUUGCAGCAUUUCUCACAAAUGAGGAAGGAAAAUGUGAAUGCUAAUUCGACGACAUUUGCAAUUAUGCUUGAUGCUUGCGCUGAAUUUGGCAGAAGAAGAGAAGGGACUCAGAUUCAUGGUCUGGUGAUUGCAAUGGGUUUUGAGCAGGAUAUCUUUUUAGCCAAUACUUUGAUUGUCAUGUAUUAUAGGGUUGAUAACAUGUAUGAUGACAGGAAAAUGUUAGAUGCCAUGAGCAGAAGGGAUGCGGUUUCUUGGAAUUCCUUAAUUAAUGGAUACGUAGAACAGGAUAAAAUUGAAGAGGCCUGUGCACUUUUUUAUUCCAUUCCAGAGAAGGAUGUUAUUUCUUGGACUUCCAUGGUGAUGGGUUUCUCAAAAAGAGGGUGGACAGAUGAGUCAAUCAGUUUAUUUGAAUUGAUGCCUCAAAAAGAUGAUGUUAGUUGGACUGCCAUAAUUUCAGGCCUUGUACAUAAUGGAAAGCUUGAAAUUGCAUGCCAGUGGUUCAGUAAAAUGGUGAAAGAAGGGAUCAAACUCAAUCCUUUGGUGAUAAGUAGCAUGUUAAGUGCAUUGGCUAGUUUGGCCAUCUUAAAGGAAGGCAUGCAGAUGCACGCCUGUGUUGUGAAGAUGGGAUUAGAUUCUAAUAUAUUUAUACUAAGCUCUUUAAUCUCCAUGUACUCAAAACGUGGAAAUCUCAGUGAAGCUUGCCAAAUUUUCUCUAGCAUCAGAACCUCAAAAAUUGUCACCAUUAACUCGAUGAUAACAACAUUUGCGCAACACAGUUUGGCACAAGAAGCAUUUGAUUUAUUUAGAAAGAUGCAGGGAGAUGGUCAAAUGCUCAAUGAAAUCACAUUCCUUACAAUACUCACAGCCUGUUCUCGUUCAGGUUUAGUUAAAGAAGGGAAUAAUUACUUCAAUUCUAUGAGGUCUGUUCAUGGCAUUGAACCGGGGCCUGAUCACUACACCUGCAUGGUUGAUCUGUUUGGCCGUGCUGGUCUCCUGCAAGAGGCAUUGAACUUGAUCAACUCCAUUCCUGAUGGCCCCCAUUCAGCAGCAUGGGGGGCUCUGCUCAGUGCUACUGGGCAGCAUUCAAAUUGCAAUCUGGCAAAUUUUGUCAAAAAAUUUUAUGGCACUGCUGGGCUAAAGGAGGAUGAGGAGGAUCCACCAAAUAUGCAGAUGGCUACGUCCGAUUCCUUUGAGAACCAAGAAGAUAGCAUGGUUGGACCUUCCAAGCUGAUCGCAGAGUUGACAAAGAUAGGUGCAAUUGGUACCCAGGGUAUGCCAACUGUGCUUCAAGGCAUUCAUGAAUGUCUUGAGAUUAUUGAUUGGGCCACUCAUAAGUUGGCUGCGGAUGCGUUGGUUGUGCUUGCCUCUUAUUCAGGUCCUUUGAUUACUAAUGAGACUUCUCCUAUAAUUGAGUCUCUUGAGGCUUGUUGUUUUGAUAAGGUGAAGCCCGUGAGAGAUAGCAUGAUGGAGGCAUUGCAAGUUUGGAAAAAAAUUUCAGACAAGGGUGAUACUGCUAUACCAUAG